GAACCCGCUUUAGUGCUUCGCGCUGUUUCCUUUGAAAAUUUUCAAACGACUUGUGCUGUGAUUUCAAGUGACAGAUGGGUAGCUUGGUUUAUAGAGAGAAUCUACCUUCAUUCAUUCAAGGUGUUUGUGCAAAUGUCAUAAAGGGAAACAGGACCAAUCUACUAAGUACCCAAAUUGCUCAUUGCUUAACAAAUUCAGCUGUGAAUCAAAUUGUAAUAGAACUCUCAAAAGACACUGAUCUUUCAUGGGCUUUCUUCAAAUGGAUUCAAUCUCUUCCUCAUUACCACCACUCCCUUCAGUGCUCUUGGACGAUGGUUCAUCUCCUCACCAGGGAUAGAAAGUUCAAAACUGCUAGAGAAUUGCUGGAGAAAUUUGCGUCCAAUGAUUUUUCUUUGUCACCCGUGAUGUUAACUUCAUUGCUAGAUUCCCACAAUGACCCGGUUUCAACUACCCACGUACUGAGUUGGCUUGUAUUUAUGUACUCUCGGUCGAACUCUACUAAUUUUGCAAUUCAAACAUUUGAAAAAAUGAAGUUUAAUAGACUUAAGCCUGACCCACAUGCUUGCAGCGCUCUAUUGAGUGCAUUGGCUAAGGAUAGGCUUACAGCCACGGCAUGGAGAGUUUACGAUGAAAUGCGAAAAAUGGGGGUUUUCGCAAAUACCCACAUUUUUAAUGUCAUGUUACAUGUUUGUUACAAGUCCGGUGAUGUUGAAAAGGCUCAUAAGUUAAUUGGUGAAAUGGAGUUAAAGGGCGUGCUUCCUGAUUUAUUCUCUUAUAAUACACUUAUCUCAUUGUAUAGUAAGAAGAGCAUGCAUUAUGAAGCUUUGGGUGUUCAAGACAGAAUGAAGAGAGAAGGGAUCGAGCCUGAUAUUAUAACAUAUAAUUCUCUCAUUCAUGGGUUUUGUAGAGAAGGUAGAAUAAGAGAGGCAUUGAGGCUUUUUAGAGAAAUUAAAGGUGUAGAGCCUAACAAAGUGACUUACACCACUCUAAUUGAUGGGUAUUGUAGAGUAAAUGAACUCGAUGAAGCACUUAGACUAAAAGAAGAAAUGGAGGCUAAAGGAUUGUAUCCAGGGGUUGAAACUUUUAAUUCAAUUAUUCGAAAAUUGUGUGAAGAAGGGAAAAUGAAAGCCGCUAAUGAUCUCUUGAAUGAGAUGGAUGAGAGGAAGAUUGAGCCAGAUAAUAUCACUUGCAAUACCUUGAUUAAUGCUUAUUGUAAGAAGGGGAAUAUGAACUUUGCUUGGAAUCUCAGGAAUAAAAUGUUGGAAUCAGGAUUGAAGCUUGAUCAAUUCACAUACAAGGCUCUAAUUCAUGGAUUUUGCAAGGUACUGGAGUUGGAUGAGGCUAAGAAAGUGCUCUUUGAUAUGCUGAGUGCAGGAUAUUCCCCAAAUUAUUGUACCUACUCAUGGCUUGUGGAUGGUUAUUGCAAUCAGAAUAAUGAAGAUGCGGUAGCAAGCAUCCCGGAUGAGCUCUCAAAAAGAGGCUUUUAUGUCGACAAAUCAAUUUACAGGGCAUUGAUCCGAAGACUUUGCAAGCUAGGAUUGAUCGACUCUGCACAAAAAAUAUUUCUAAAUAUGCAAGGAAAGGGAUUUUCUGGUGAUUGUCUUUUAUACACUAGUCUAGCAUAUGGUUACUUAAGUGCAGGAAAGCCAAUUGCUGCUUCUGAGAUGUUAAAUGAAAUGGUUAAGAAGAAUCUAGUGAUAACUGCUAAAAUAUAUAAAUGUCUUAGUGAUUCUUAUAGAAAUGAAAAUGGCAUAUUGGAUAUGCUUUGGCAUCAUGCAACUGACAAAGGUUUGAUUGCAAAGAAUGUUUACAAGUUGAUGCAACAGGAUGGUACAAAUUUCUAAGUCGCAAGGGGAUCUUCUGGAUUUUAUCUCAUACUGGAAAUCUUUAGAAGCCACAAUUGUCACUGUGUUUUGGAGUGUCUUGGCUUACACUGUAAAUGGAUUGGUGAAACAAUCAAAUCAACAAGGUUAAGGCAAUUUCCUUCGGUCUAAAAUUUGCCUCACCGACACCUUUUACUUGACUAAGGUGAAAGCAUCACGGUCCAUACGAAAGUGUUGGCAAACAUAAGGUUCUAGAACUUCAAAAUCAUUCAUUUUGCUUCUUUAUCAUGGCUAAGAAAUUUUUCCAAGCAAGGGUUGAGAUCUUAACACCAUCUACUGAUCAGAAUAUUUUUGCAGCAUCGGUACGUACAACAUAUUGGUUGAUUGUAUGAUUGACUAUAUCUCCCGGAAAUUGCCUUAUGUAGGAUGCAUCAAACUCAACUCUGAUGGGUUACCCGUUCCACUAAGUAUUGUUUGGGACAGCGACUUUAUUAAUAAGUAAAUCAUGUUGAAUUGGUUACUGAGUUCUGAUAACCAAUUUGGUCGUCUCUUGGAAAGAUGCAAGUAAAUUAUGCAGCAGAUGAAGCUGAUAUGCCCUCAAUUAUUUGUACUUGCUGAUAUACUGUCGGUUAUCUGUACUUCUCCAACUUGGCUUUCUUAUGGUAACUGUCAUGAAGGGGCCUUCUUCAGUUUCUAAUUUGAGAUAGCAAAUGAUCAAAGUGUUUCCAUUUAGACGGGUACUUUCUUGGAUUGAGGGUUAUUGUUAAACUAGUUGGUUGCUGUGGUGAUGAUGAAGCUGGUCAUGGUAGCAGGACUGACCUAUAUUCAUUUCCUCAAGAUAUGUAAAGAUUAAAGCGGUUGCCAUUUCCAGAGGACCUUUCUUCAAGAAAGUCCUUUCGAGUUCGUGUCUUCGCUUCAUCAGGUGAUUUGGUAUCCUAACUUUACUCUGUUCUGCGAAGGAGCUGGUGGUACAAGAAAUGCAAUGCAAGCUGAACAGGUUCCACUAUGGACAGAUCGCUGUCAUUUGGUUUGCAGAACAAAUUCAACUUGUGUUUUCUUUCAUGCCAGCAUCAAGAGCUCAUCUAUUUUAUUAGUGCUAAUUUUUCCACUUUUACGGUGAAAUUCUGUACAGAGUUCGUCUCUAUCUUAGCAGAAUCUUUCAUUGAGAACAGUGAGAAAGUCUAUUUUUCCGUUGGAAUUUCAGGAAACA